UCCCUCUCUCAUAAGACAGCAGCACAAGUUCGCGCCAUCGAGCAGAUCAGAGCACAGCACAGCACAAGCUCAUCUCACACCUGUGGAUGGACGGCAGCUGAACCGCGGGAAACUUUCGUUCUCACUCUACCUAGAUGAACUUUAGUUUAUAUUAAACGACUCCCACGCAAACCGUGCUCGUUUUACACAUUUGUCUCCGCUUUGAAAACGAGAAGUUGAAUUCGCAAGGCGCAACUUUCCAGCCCCUCAUUGAGCGGGCAGCGACACUGAAGCGAUGGAGCCGUCCGUCAUUCCCGAUGCCGACAUGCCCGACCUUUACUCCAUUAACCCGUUUAAUGUCACUUUUCCCGACGACGUUUUGAGUUUCGUUCCCGACGGGAGGAACUACACCGAACCUAACCCAGUAAAGAGCCCCGCGGGAAUCAUCAUCGCCAUUUCCAUCACCGCUCUUUACUCCGUUAUCUGCGUGGUGGGACUCUUAGGGAACAUCCUAGUGAUGUACGGGGUGGUCAGAUACACAAAGCUGAAAACUGCCACCAACAUCUACAUCUUCAAUUUGGCCCUGGCAGAUGCACUGGCAACUAGUACACUUCCAUUCCAGAGCACCAAGUAUUUAAUGAACACCUGGCCCUUUGGUGAGCUUCUGUGCAAAGUGGUUAUAGCCAUAGACUACUACAAUAUGUUUACCAGUAUCUUCACUCUCACUAUGAUGAGCGUGGACCGUUACAUUGCUGUUUGCCACCCUGUGAGAGCACUGGAGUUUCGUACCCCUAUCAAGGCCAAAAUAAUCAAUGUGUGCAUAUGGAUCCUCUCCUCUGCUGUUGGAGUGCCAAUCAUGAUUAUGGCAGUCACCAGAGUGACAAAUCAAAAUACAACAGUCUGCAUGCUGAAGUUCCCUGAUCCAGACUGGUACUGGGACACAGUCACAAAGAUUUGUGUGUUUAUCUUUGCAUUUGUGGUACCAGUCCUUGUUAUAACAAUCUGCUAUGGUCUGAUGAUCCUACGCUUGAAGAGUGUCCGUCUUCUCUCAGGCUCAAAGGAGAAGGACAGAAACAUGCGGCGAAUCACCCGAAUGGUUUUGGUUGUUGUGGCUGCCUUCAUUAUCUGCUGGACACCAAUUCACAUCUUCAUCAUUGUGAAAACACUGGUAGACAUCAACCAAAAGAACCCCUUUGUGAUUGCUAGCUGGCACUUGUGCAUCGCACUUGGCUAUACCAACAGCAGCCUCAAUCCUGUGCUUUAUGCUUUCUUGGAUGAGAAUUUCAAGAGAUGCUUUCGAGACUUUUGCCUACCUUUUCGAACGAGGGCUGACCAGAAUAAUCUGAACCGAGCAAGGAAUGCCACAAGGGAGCCAGUUUCAGUUUGUGCCCAUUCGGAUACAGGAAAGAAGCCGGUAUGACUAGGCCUGGACAGGAUCCCACGGGGGUCCCAAUCUAGAAGAGUUCAGCAGGACCUACAAUCUGAGGUCACCCAAAUCUCCACUACUGAAUUCUAGGAACAAAAGGAAAAUCAAUUGAUUGCAGCUUGAAUACUCAAGUUUAGCAUUUCAAGAAGAGACCUAGUUAAGCAUCUCCUCUACUGCACCAUUCUCUUCCCUUCAGAAGAAAUUCAAACACACUGAUGAUCUUUUUCGGAAUGCAAUGAUAUUAAACUAACCAGGGUAAAAACAGGGGAAAUUAUGUCAGCAUUAUCAGGCACACAGUGUCUGGUGGACUUUCCUGGUGUGAAAUCUUACUGGUUCUGAGAACAUAAUACUAAUGUGAAAGAAGGACCAGGCAUACAAUGGAAACAAUGGAAGAAUCAAUUCCCUGUGAGUAAAAAUAAUGAUUACAUCAAGAAACGAAACCCUGAAAUUCACAAGCUACAAGCAAAUAGUGGAAAUGGGGUCCAAUUGAAGGACACUGACUGAAAAGGAAAAGCAUUUUCAGUAGUUUAUUUUAUAUUUACUUUCUUCUAUCUUUCAGAGAUAUUGAAUCGUAGAGCCUUGGGGACGCAGAAAAAAACAAACAAACACUGGAAAUUGAUGUAAAAACUUUCCUCUGACAUAUUUUUACUCCCAGUGAAUGAUUGGAAAUCAUCUUACCCCAGAAUAGAUGGGAGCAAAUCGAGUGGAGAAACAUGAUGUAUUGUAGCAGACCAGAGAGUACAGUAUUGUCUUAAACUGGUUCUGGUGAUAUGGACAGAUAAAUAAUGGAAAUAAUAGUGAUGGACUGCUUUAGGCAUCAUUGUUGAAGAUCAGCUUAUUGCACCAAACUUUACGCCAACUACCCAACUUUACUGACCAUGAGCACCUCGUCAGACAAACUCCUCACUUUACUUAUGAAAACCUCAGUUGCAAGGAUAUACUCAAUAAGUUUUAUUUAUAAGGAAAAUGAAUCCCAUUUAAAGUAACACUAUAAGUUUAUAUUUAAUGUGUUGAAAUAAAAAAAC